GUCACGUGAUAAUUUGAUAAGUCAAAAUUUUAAGUUUUAAAAAAUUUUAGUUUUCAGGUAUUACAAAGCAUAUUUGACCAUGUCUAACCAAAUAAAAAAUGUACAUACAAGUAGACUUCCUACAAAUUCGGCGAAUAUUUACAAAAUGAAUAUCGACGUGUCCCCAAAUUUACUAGUAUCAAAUACCCAGAAAAAAGAAGAAAAACAGAAAAUUCACAACUGCAGCUGGAGGUUAAAGCAGUUAUCAAAACCUUCAACAAUUACGCCCAAAUAUAAGUACCCCGACAAUAGAUGCGAUCGGAAAGAUUAUAUUCUGGAUUGUCAAACUAUCAAUUUUCCAAAUCGGCUACCAUUGUGUCCAAUCAAACAACUAAAUGAUAAAAUGUCUCAAAGGAAAAAUAAUAGAAAAAUCGAAAUAAUUACUAAAUCACAAAUUUUUAAAAUAUGAGUCCCUGUUGUGAAAGGUUCCCAGAUGAUACAUCAAGUAAGUUCGGUAGGAGUAUAAAUGUGUCACGUAUACAUACAUCUGAAGUUUGUCAAGGGAUCCAGCGCAUGAUAUACACGAAGCAACAACGGAGCACCUGGGGAGUACGUUUAAAGAUCAUCAGCUCCAAUUAGAUUGUGAAACCGUCAGACGAGCUCCUCAACAAGCUUUAGCUAAAUAUAUUCAAGUUCGUAUCAUAUGAAAUUUACCGCAGGGAAUAUUAAAAUUAUUGUCUUAGCUCAUUUAGUGAUGUUAAAUAAACUAUUUAGAAAAA